AUGACUUUUGAUAAAGGUGGCGAAGAUUUUGUAAUCUUCCGUUUCUCCAUUAUUAUUCCUGAUAUGGCACAGUUAAUGAAAAAUGAUCAUUCCAUUCCAAAAAAUGAUUCUUUACUCUACAUACUGAAAGCUGACCGAGAUCAACCAGUUUAUAAAAUCAUUUGA